AUGAUGCGAGACUUGGGAAUCCGCGAGGAGGACCUCGAUGAUGUGGUGUUCGAAGAAGAAGUUGCCCCUGAUCUGGACGAAAAUCGUUGGUUGCUGAUUGUUAGGGUUAACACGGAUAGGGAAUUUAGCAAGUUCUGGUUCUUUAAGAACAUGCGAUCAGCAUGGGAUCUUGCUCGCCCUGUGAAGAUCAAAACGCUUGAAGAUAACCUCUUCAUCAUGAAAUUUGCUUGCCUUGGAGAUUGGGAGAAGGUGACUACGGGAGGCCCUUGGCACUUCAGAGGAAACGCAGUGGUUUUUGCUGAGUAUGACGGGUUCACUAGGCCAUCAACGAUCGAUCUCAACAAUUUGGACAUGUGGAUUCAGAUUCAUGACCUUCCUGUCGGCUAUCAAGGUACGAUCAAAGCUCUGUCAUCAAAAGUUGGCAAGUUCAUCUCCUUAGAGGCCCCAUCGGAUGAUUUCGUUGGAAAUUUUGUUCGCGUUCGGGUUACCGUGGAUGUGCGAAACCCUCUGAAGAACCAUGUAUCCUUAUCACGUGCUGGUCGGAGAGAAAUCUUCUUAGUAAAAUAUGAGAAGUUGCCGACAUGGUGUUCUGUUUGUGGUAUGCUGGGACACACGUAUAAGGAGCAUGGCGACGGGAUUCAUCCACCGUCUGCCCUUGUUUUCAGAAAUCUAAGGGCGAGUUGGAGUACGAAGCAAGGAAAUCAACCUGCAGGAGGGCGUGGAAGGGGUCGUGGACGCCAUGGUGCUUCUGGUCGAGGUGGGCGCGCUGGUGGUACACGUGAUGACCUUGGUGAUCAGUAUGAUGAAGAGAUGUAUCAAAAUGAUUACGAUGAUGAGGUUGAUGAUCUGAAUCGGGGCCUUGAACAGUGCCACAAUUUUGCAAAGGACCCGAAAGCUAAGAGACGUCUCCAGUUAGAGUUAGAGUCUGAUGCAAAGAUGUUGGCAAUUGAAGGAGCAACAAAGACUGAUCUUAUUAAUGUGAAGAGUGGAAAAGAAACGGUGGUUGGUGAUCUGUCUCACUGUAUUCAAGAUAAGCAAAAUAUUCUGUCGACUUCUCCCUCGACAGUUCAGGAGAAGAAGAGACCUAAGAGGAAUGGUGGAGGUGACAGUUCUGAACAACAAAAAACAGGAUCGGCGGACUUCGACAUGGAGUCCGACCGGGAGCAAUGA